AUGUUGAAGCCACCGUUGCCACUCAGAUCCCUCUUAUUUCUCCAGCUGCCUCUGCUGGGGGUGGGGCUGAAUCCAAAGUUCCUCACGCCCAAUGGGAAUGAAGACAUUGACUCCUUCCUGACUUCAACACCCGCUGGGACCCUCGAUGUUUCCACUCUGCCCCUCCCAAAGGUUCAGUGUUUUGUGUUCAAUGUGGAGUAUAUGAAUUGCACUUGGAACAGCAGCUCUGAGCCCCAGCCCAACAACCUGACUCUGCAUUAUGGGUACAGGAACUUUAAUGGUGAUGAUAAACUCCAGGAGUGUGGCCACUAUCUAUUCUCUGAAGGAAUCACUUCUGGCUGUUGGUUUGGAAAAAAGGAGAUCCGUCUUUAUGAAACAUUUGUUGUCCAGCUCCAGGACCCACGGGAACACAGGAAGCAGCCCAAACAGAUGCUAAAACUGCAGGAUCUGGUGAUCCCCUGGGCUCCGGAGAACCUGACACUUCGCAACCUGAGUGAAUUCCAGCUAGAACUGAGCUGGAGCAACAGAUACUUGGACCACUGUUUGGAGCACCUGGUGCAGUACCGGAGUGACCGGGACCAAAGCUGGACGGAACAAUCCGUGGACCACAGACAUAGCUUCUCUCUGCCUAGUGUGGAUGCACAGAAGCUCUACACGUUCCGUGUUCGGAGCCGUUAUAACCCACUUUGCGGAAGUGCUCAGCAUUGGAGUGACUGGAGCUACCCAAUUCACUGGGGCAGCAAUACUUCAAAAGAGAAUCUUGAGAAUCCUGAAAAUCCUUCGUUGUUUGCAUUGGAAGCUGUGCUGAUCCCUCUUGGCUCCAUGGGAUUGAUAGUGAGCCUCAUCUGUGUGUACUGCUGGCUGGAACGGACAAUGCCCCGAAUUCCUACCCUCAAGAACCUAGAGGAUCUGGUUACUGAAUACCAUGGAAACUUCUCGGCCUGGAGUGGUGUAUCUAAGGGAUUGGCGGAGAGUCUGCAGCCAGACUACAGUGAACGGCUCUGCCACGUCAGUGAGAUUCCCCCCAAAGGAGGGGAAGGGCCUGGGGGUUCCCCCUGCAGCCAGCACAGCCCCUACUGGGCUCCUCCAUGUUACACCCUGAAACCUGAGCCCUGA